AUGAGAAGAUCUGGAUUGUUACUACUAGUCUCAUUCUAUUCUGCUGUUAGUAAUAUACCAAAUGAAGUUGCCAUUGGUGCUAUUUUUCCGUCUUAUCUUCCUGUAUUAGAAGAAACAUUUCGUUUAGCUAUAAACAAUAUAAAUUCAGAUUCGAAUUUAUUACCCAAUACGAAACUGAUUCCGAUUACAGAGAAUGCUUCUACACAAUUUGAAGUUAUUAGAGCCGCGUGCAACUUAGUGGAUAAACGAGUGAUAUCGAUAGUCGGACCUCUAACGUCUUUACAUUCAAAAAUUGCCCAAAAUGUGUGUGGCCAAUUGGGAAUACCGCAAAUUAGUAUCUUGGCAACAGACCCAAUGUUAUCUUUAAUACCGAUUUUGAACCAAUCGUCGUCUACACUUCUGAAAAUGUCACCGCCGGAUACCUUUCAGAAUCACGCCUUAAUACAUAUCUUGAAAUAUUAUGGAUGGGAUGCUUUUGCCAUUUUAACAGAAGAUAACGAACCAGCUAUUCAUGCAACAAUGGAAUUGCAAAGACUAGCUACGAAAUACGAAAUUACGCUGAAUUCUAUUCAGCGAUUUCCUUUGUCCGACUCAAAAUCUUUCGAUAUAACACCACAAUUAAAUGCCAUUAAGCAAGCUGAACGCAUGAACAUGUUUCGUUCUGGAUGGACCUGGCUCGUCAUGGAUAGCAUUACAUCACACGAUUUGAAAUACUUAUCAGACGAUGACGGAUAUGUACCAUCUUCUUUAGUUGGAUUCAUAGGAACGGCAUUUGUGGUUCCUGAUACCAUUUUGUAUUUAAAAUUAAAUCAGCAAGCUUUCACUCGUGUUUAUGAUGCAGUGUUAGCAAUUGCCAAUGGACUUCACAGAAUUCUUUACGGAGAGAAAGUUUCUUUCGAACUUCCUACUUCCCAAAAAGGAAGUUGCGCAAAUUCUAUCGAUAAGUGGAAGUGGGGUAAAAAUUUGUUGGAAAGUAUUCUCAAUUUGAAUAAUGUUAAUGGAAGUUUAGGACCUUUAAAGUUCACGAAAUUUGGUUAUCACCAUCUCACCAAUUUUGAUAUAAAAAACCUUCAAGUCAAAGGUUUCGUUAAAGUAGGAAAAUGGUUAGGAAACGAAAAAGACUUAAAGAUUAAUUCAGAAAUUAUAUUUCCUGGCCAAACUACAAUUCCUCCUACUAAUUCUCAUCAAAGUCUUUCCGGAAAAACUCUUAAUAUUGGAAUAAUUAUAAGAUUAUUUAAUUAUUAG